GUAAUUUUACAUUUUUUGACCUCCAAACAUCAACCAUGUCGCGUCACGAAUUGCAAGUGACACAUAAGAUUUUCGGGGUAGCUGCUAUAGAUUUUACAUGUGAUGAGACUGAAAUACCGUUAGAUGAGCGAGAUGAUGAUGUAUUUGUCGCGUGUACGUGGAACGGCAAUACUUAUAUAAUUGAUCUCGAUUUUAAUGUGGUCAAGUUUGAAUUUGAAGGUCGAGUUUGUGCAUUUGCCGCUGGUAAAUAUGCUGUAACGCCUGGUUAUAAUAUUCCAUGCUUUAUAUAUGUUGAUUUUGAAGAUCACAUAACUGUAUAUCAUAAUUUACUUAUUGAUACAAAACCUCAACUCCUUUCGAUUGAUCCUUGUCAAUACUCACCACAAAUUGCUGGCAUUUUUCAACAAUGUUUGUACAAACUGGACACUUAUAAGACUACAAAAGAAGAUCUUGAAGAAAAAAUCAAAGAGUCGAAAAGAAUGAAACAUGAACAAGUCGAAAAAGCAGAAGGAAAGGAAUCAAAUGAAGAACUGAAAGAAUUGAUUGUGGAAAAUGAGGAAAUGUUAAACACACAACACCAAGAAAAUAAUGUAUCAGAAGAAAAACAAGAGGUUGAAACUAAUCAGGAAAUUAAUGAUGAGAAUGUUAUUUCUGCAACAUCAGACAUCUAA